ACUCAAAGGAAGUCGAACCGAAUGAAGUUGAAAUUCAUAGUGUGGACGUGUUGGAUGAGAUUCAGAUCAGUCGACAACGUGACGAAGACGGUCUUUGAAGGGUGAUCUCUUGUUCUUCAUUUGUUCGUUGUGACGUUUUACCGGUGUAAUGGAGUGGACUGAUGAACAAACACUUAAUUUCAUCGAAAUGUAUCGUGUUCGUCCACAAUUAUGGGAUAGUACCCAUAUAUAUUAUAAAAAUAAAAAUAGGAGACACGAUUCAUUGACUGAAAUUGCGGUGUCAUUUGGCAUCGAGAAACAGGAGGUGGAAAAAAAAAUGAAAAAUUUACAGAGCCAAUUUUUGAGGGAAAGAAAAAAAGAACUGGAAAGUAAAAGAACUGGCAGUGGUGCCGAGGAACCAUACGUGAGCAGGUGGUUUGCUUAUCAACCGAUAAUGUUUUUGGCUGACAAGAAUAAGCCACGAAGGACAGUGGAUAAUGUAGAUAAUUCAGUUCACUUUGUACAAAACAGUCAAGACGAAGGCGGUGAAAAUGGAGAGCAAAUGCAGCCCGAAGGAUUAGGAGAGGAACAACCAUCACCGUCCAAAGAGUUUCAAUCUCCCAAAGCAGCUAGCAGCAAAUCUGCAAAACGGAAACUGUCGGAUAUCAGAUCUCCCAGCGCACCUAUAAUAGAUGAAGCCCUCAACCUCAUGAGAUCUAUUCAAAAUAAAAGAGCGGACAACACUGAUGAAUUCUCUUUAUAUGGCGAACAGAUCGCAAUUAAAAUACGGAGACUUUCUUCACCUAGAACUAAGUUCAUUGUCCAAAAUGAAAUUAAUAAAAUUCUGUUUGAUGCAGAAAUGGGAUAUUACGACCAGCACAAUACCCCCAUCAGAGGUGUUUACGACCAUUUGCCCCAAUACCCUACUUCUAAUAUGUCUAUGCCUUUAUCCAUGAAUCAUCAGAUGCAAGCUGGCUACUCCAACGGUGCAGCCCCCGGGAUGGUCCCUGUCAACCUCAAUGGCCUCCAGUGUACAUUCUGAAGCGGAAUCCGCUGCAUCUGUUGGUGCUGAUUACUCAUCUGAUUCUCUCUCCCAUGAGCGCUUUCAACAGAGGCAGAAAACAAAACAAAUAUACUCAACAACAAACGUUGAUUACAUUUGAGUUUUCUCCAGAUUUUAUGAGUCAACGUCAUUUUUUUUUCGAUUUUGUGAUUUUUUUCUGUGAUUUUUGAUCUCUACAUUGUAAAUUAUGAUUUUGCAUA